UAGAAAGCCGAUAUCGUUAUCAUAGAAAUUUGGAAAAGUAAAUAAACAAAAGAGAGCAUGUAGUUUUGCAUGCCUGUUGUGUGGAAAAACUUCUCUAGCUGAGAAAUCAACAUAUAAGUUAUUUAUGAUGUUUAAAUCUUAACAAUUUUUAUGGGGUUCUAUUAUGUUCGAGUGUGAAGUCUGAGGUUGCAAUGAAUAGAAUGAAGAGUCUUAAAUGUCUAUCGUUUUAUUUCGAUACGACUGUAAACAAAUUUAAUUUUCAGUUUAGGGAGCGUUUGAUUCAAAUGAAGUCCUAUUCUACAGUCAAGUAUACAAUUAAUAUAAUGUCAGACAUUGAAAAGGAAUUGGAUUUAGGGAAUAUGAAACAUCGUAAACAUCCUGGAGUUAGAAAAAUGGCACCAAUAAAAUUGCCUCCAUUUGUGUUAGAUGCUAUUUAUAGACUAAUUUCCAGUAAUCAUGAACAUGCUUUUUUAACAAGAUCCUCUCAAUUAUGUAAGGAAAUUUUAUCCAGGAGGCUGCCAGUUGAGCAGGAAGAAAUUCAAGAUAAAAUUCAGGAAACCUCAUUAGAAAUUAGUGAACUAGAAGAAAGUAUUCCUGAAAUAGUAAGGAAAAAAAGAAUACUGGAGCUAAAAAAGCAGUUACAGGUGGAAAUUGGACGAUGGAAACACAUUGAAUACAAUGCAUCAGAAUCAUUAGCUUACUUAGCUGGAAGAGCAGCUCCUAAUUUUGCAUCAACAUUAAGAGUUCUUACUGAACUAAAGAAUAGAGUCCCAUCAUUUUGCCCAAAAACUUUCUUUGAUUUUGGUUCUGGUAUUGGAUCUGCAAUUUGGGCUGCUAACAGUUUAUGGGGUGAUACAAUAAAAGAAUAUUUUUGUGUGGAUUCUUCACCAGACAUGAAUGAUUUGUCUCAGUCCAUUUUAACAAUUGAAGAGACAGAUCAAAUGCAUAUAAAACCUGUAAAUUAUCGGCAAUUUCUUCCGGCUUCGGAAAAUAUUAAAUAUGAUCUGGUAGUCAGUGCUUUUUCUCUAUUGGAGUUGCCAUCCAUGAAAGAUAGACUGCAAGCGAUUGAUACACUGUGGCGAAAAACUAAAAACGUUUUGGUCAUUGUUGAGCAUGGAACUUUAGCUGGUUUCAGUACGGUGUUAGAUGCUAGGGAUUAUGUGCUUCAUAUAGAAAAUGAAGCAUCCCUAGAAUUUGCUCUUAGUCAUACAAAUGGAGCACAUGUACUUUGUCCUUGUCCACAUGAUGUUUCUUGUCCAUUAGUGAAAAAGUAUAGAGAUUCAUGUGGUUUAUUUGUAACUUAUCAAACUAUAUUUCCUCGACAGCGCCAAGUGUUCAAUAAAGAUUUUAUUUCCUAUGUUGUACUGAAGAAAGGUCGUCGUCCCCCAGAUGAUAAUACAUGGCCCCGGAUUGUAAGACCAGUAUUAAAAAAGUCUAAACAUGUUCACUGCCGUUUAUGUUGUGAUGAUGGACAACUGCAUGAAACCAUUGUAACAAAAGCUAGGCAUGGAAGGCAUGCCUACAGGGCAGCAAGAUCCAGUUCAUUAGGUGAUUUGCUUCCGGCAAAUAUUCAGUUAUCAACAGAUGAAGUUAAAUUUCCAGAAGAAAUUUUUAAAGACAGUGGUUACUUUGAAAGUGAUGAUGAAGAAAAUAAAACAUAACAGUUUAAUGUUAUAAGUAAAAAGAAAACUAUCACACUCUUAUUAAUCAUACCAUACUUAAAGUUUUAAAAAGACUUACCAAAUUUUUGGUCCAGAACUUGAAGUUGUAUGACAUUUUAUAAAUAUGUAAAAUAUUGUUUAUAAAAGAAAAAAAAAAGAGAUGAAAUCUUCAA